GCUCCCGCUACCGUCUGUCAUUGACCUUACUUGCUGCAGCUUCCUUUGGUUCGAGAAUCGAAACAUUAACAUUCAAAACACCAGCAAAAUGGUCCACAAGAAGGACACCCGACGCGUGGUGUGCGGCACCUGCCUGGUGGUGGCUCCGCCCGGCGAGGGGAGCAGCGCCGCGGCAGCGCCCAGCAAAGUGACGGUCAGCGUCCGGCGGCGCCGAGGGUGCUGCGGGUGGCUGGCCGGCCCAUGGAAGGAGCUGGCGGCGUUUUCGUUCAGCGACCGGGCCAGGGCCCCGUUCUUCAACAAUGCCUUCCUUGACCUGGAGCGAGUCUUCAGGUACAACAGGAAGGGGGACGCGAGCGCCGCGCAGGUCAAGAUCUGCGUGACGCUGCGCGGCGGCGCGACUCGCGUGGCCCGCGUGGGCCUCGAGGACUUUACGAGCCAGCUGCUGCAGAGCGGCAGCCCCGAGUGGUUUGUCCUUUACGUCCACGAGGGGAAGGUCGUGCUUCUGCCGGCCCACACGCCACUCACGGAGGUGCCAACGGAAUGGCCCUUUGAAGAAGUGCCAAGUGACACCCGCCGAGGCCAAAAGGGUGGAAAGGACAAUGCCAGCAAUGACCCCAAGGUCACCAAGACGAAAGAGAGCCAAGGAGAGACGGACACGGCUGACCAAGGGCUCAAAAAUAUCGCUCCUACCAAUGACAGUGCCCGUAAAGCAGAGGAGCUGCUCCCUGCUGAAGACAAAGACAGUGAUGAGGAAAGUGUUGAAGACAUCACUGUGAACGGCGAAGAGAAGGAGGCUCCCAGUGACAAAGAGGAGAGUGGACGAGGAGACAACGAUUCCGAUGACAGUGACUGGGAGACCCUGGAACUGACUGCAUACGCAGGCGAGGAGAGCGACCUGGACUCUGACGAAGGCCCGGACGGAGAGGCUGAAUGGGAGGCUGACGACGAGGACUCCGGGGACAGUGAACGGGAGCCUGAGGAGGACACGGAGGAGCCUGAUGAGGACACAGGGGAGGCUGAUGAAGAGACAGGGAAGACUGAUGAAGACACGGAGGAGACGGAAUGGGAGGCCGACGACGAACACUCCGAGGAAGAGACUGAACGAGACUCUGACGAAGACUCGGACGGGAGUGGGUGGGAAACAAUUGAAGACGACGCCGAGGAGGACACUGCAGGUGAAGGCCUAGGGAGCGAGCGUGGCAGCGUCCUGGGUAGACUGGGGGCGGCGCUGCGACGCCACAGCCGCGGCCUGCUCGUGGCCGCCGAAGUGGCCUGGAUAGUAGGUACUGUCAAAGUGUGGGGGCCGCCCGCUUACCUUGCCAACUGGCGGGGGGGCGGAGAGCUGUGAGGGGCGCGAGGCAGCCGCUCUUAGGGACGCGUCGAGGCCCCUUCUACGCCAACGCCUUCAUGUACCCGAGCACAUGUUCGGGUGCAACGGAAGGCGGCGCGGCGAGAGGCCUAUGGCCGGCGUGGCCCGGAAGGCUUCCUGGCCGGCUGCUGCACAGACGCCGCCCGGAGUGCUUGGCCUCCUCCGUGGCGUCCAAGAACCUCUUCCUGGCCCUCCUCUCCUCCCGGGCGGCUCCAUCCUCCUCCCACGCACUUUGCAUCCCUCAUUUGCACACUCCCAAACCCACACAGCCUCGCCUUCUUCGAGACGCCGUGCCUGACCCGUCCCUCUGAUAUCCUCUCCUCUGAUCCCGCCCCGACUCGCUGCUCCAAGGGAACAUCGCGACGCCAACUCUCUACUCGCAAAAACCGCCACAGCCUCGCCUCUCCGUACCGGUACAUGUCCCGUCCCUAGGAGGUCCAGGCUCCCGGUACGACUAUAACCCAUGGCAGAGGAGACGGACCUGGUUUUCAAGGGUGAUUCUCACGUUCAAGGUAAACGUGUAACACUAUCACACCUGCAUUACAAAACAGUCCAUGAACACACCAGCAACUUCCACGAGAGGCUUUUCAAACAGGCGAACUGGCCCGUUCAUACAUGCGGGCGUGAGUACUCUUGUGCGGCGGAAUCACACACCGCACGCCUGGGCACGAUGCUCUCCCUGCCGUCUGGAGUUUUCCUGUCACCUUCGCAAAGUUCAAAAGGGUUGUAGAAAAAAGGAAAAAAUGCCGUGUGCCAAGACUGUGCCGCUGCUGUAUUUCUCAGUGUUUCUCUUAUUUAUCAUCGCAUUCACGCAUCUUUUCUGCGUAGCUUUAGAGAGUUUAGAAUAUACUUGUUGUUUUCUUCGUCACCAAACCCAUCAGCAUGUACAGAGCAAGCUAUCGUUGCUGCCAUCGAAGAAAACAAUGUAAUUAAACAAACUUAAAGAAUGAGUUAAAUUAAUUAAGCUUCAAAGAAAACUUACUACAACGACCUAUAUGUCUUUGGCCUCGCACGCUGACCCCUAGGCCGCCGUCACAAGGCCUCCAGAUGGAGUUCAAUGUAGGGAAGUGCAGUAUUGUGAGUGUAGGUAGGAACAACCCCUCACAUAACUAUUGCUUAAAUGGCACUCUCAUAAGUAGGUCUGGGUGCGAGAGGGAUUUAGUGGUCUUAGUGAGCUCUGAUCUCCGUCCAAGGGCACAAUGCAUUCAAGCUAGAAAUCGAGCAAAUAUGGUACUGGGAUUUAUUUCAAGGAGCGUAAGCAACAGAAGCGCCGACGUCUUUCUCAAACUAUAUUUAGCAUUAGUUAGACCUCAUCUUGACUAUGCGGUUCAGUUCUGGUCACCUUACUGUAGAAUGGAUAUCAAAAUGUUAGAAUCGGUUCAGAGGAGGAUGACUAAGAUGAUUCAGGGGUUGAGAAACUUGCCAUACGAGGAAAGACUCAAACAGUUAAACUUGCAUUCUCUAGAAAGGUGAAGGGUGCGUGGAGACAUGAUCGAGGUUUAUAAAUGGAUGAAGGGCUUUAAUAAGGGAGACAUUCAUAAGGUUUUGUUGGUAAGAGAACCGGGUAGGACACGAAGUAAUGGGUUUAAACUGGAUAAAUUCAGUUUCAACAGGGACAUAGGCAAAAAUUAGUUUACUAACAGGGUGGUGGAUGAGUGGAAUAGGCUUAGCAGUCAUGUGGUGAGUGUCAAUACAAUUGUCACAUUCAAAAAUAGAUUAGAUAAAUUCAUGGACAGCGAUAUUAGGUGGGGUUAGAUACACGGGAGCUACACGGGAGCUUAGGUUCAGAGGAGCUGCCUCGUAUAGGCCUACCGGCGUCUUGCAGACUCCUAUGUUCGUAUGUUCUUAUAUCUCCUUCUCUCCCUUCCUUCCUAUUCCCGCCCAGUCCUUCACAUCCUCCCUUCCUUCUUCUCUCACAUCUCCUUCUCCUCUUCUCUUCCACUUCCCCUCCCUUUCCCUCUUCUCCCUCAUCUCCUUCUCUCCCUUCCUUCCUAUUCCCGCCCAGUCCUUCACAUCCUCCCUUCCUUCUUCUCUCACAUCUCCUUCUCCCCUUCUCUUCCACUUCCCCUCCCCUUCCCUCUUCUCCCUCAUCUCCUUCUCUCCCUUCCUUCCUUUUCUCUUCCUUCCCAUAUUUAACUGUUUUCUGAUGUUACCUUCAACCCUUCCUUCCUUUUCUCUUCCUUUUUCCUAGUUUCUUUUUUCCCCUUUCUCCU